CCGAAACCGCCCAACCACAGGACCGCAAAAACCUGGUCACAGCCCGAUACACACUGGGAGAUAUUAAUGUAACUCCGAGCAGAGAGUCCGUUACUCACCGGUGGACGCCAUUUUGUGUACCUCACCCGCUCUAACGUCUUAGUGAGGAGAGCGCGCUGCGCAUGCGCAGUAAUCACCCCAAGUGGACCGUACCACUCUCAAUACAGGAAGGGGGGAGUCGAUUCCAAUCGAAGGACCAGGCGUAUUUUGCAGGAGACCGGUGAGUAGAAGUUCGCUGUAUAUAAGUUAUAGUUUAUCAGCGCUGUGUGAAUUGCUGUAUAUGUGAAUUGAGACAGAUGGGGGGGGAAAUAUCACUCCCGCCUCCCUAUACAGGUGCUAGUGGUGGAGUGAUCCGGUCGUGUUAGAUUGUGCAGGAACAUCAAUGGGAGGGGAGGGGGCGUCACAAUGGCCAAGUGGGCAGACAAGGUGCGUUCCUAUCGGGGUUGGGUUGCAAUGCUUGCAGGGGGCGCGCGCUGGCCGUUAUUGUGUUUCCGUCACCGAGACGUUGAAUCGCGUGCUGGAGCUGUCCCGGCAGGCAUUGCGCCGCACGUGUUACCAGCAGUAGCAGUGCUGGCAGUGUGUUAGUGUAAUGCAGUCCAAUGGCUAUGGUUAUAAAGUCAUGCUGUGACUGUAACUGAGUUGGAGAAUUGUGAUUUUGGCUAGAGCAGCACUUGGUGUGCUUGUCUGCUUCUCCCCCUAUUUAACAAAUAAAAUAAAGCUAAAACUCACCUUAAUCCAUGGCCAAGGUCUCCCUGCAGCCCACCUCAACGGUGGAUGUCACUCCGCCGAGUGGAAAAAGAGUGGCACUGGGGGCCGUCGUUGGGCGACAAACUUGCACGCUGUAUGGAUGUACAGCUCCAGGCAUCUUGAAUAUUUAAAAUCAGUGAAGUGGUCAUGGUGCUUACAGUAACUCUGCAAUGGAUUUUAAUUAACCAGAAUUCAGAUUUUAAUAAUUUUUUUUAUGGAAGAUUUCAUACAGGUUACAUAGCAUAUCAAUACAGUUCACAGUUUCAUCAGAAUUGCCACUUAGUACACAUUUUAUCCGAUUUGUUAGCCGUGAGGUCACUCGAAACAGCAUGCUUCUAAGAACCCUGUAGAUAAAAGGGAGAGGUUUCAACAUCUUGACUAUCGCAUUGAGUUUACCUGUUGUCUUGCUAUAGUUCUGCUGUGCAAACCUUAAUUUUAUUAAGACACGUGGCUCCGAUUAUGCUGCGCUCUUUCUUUAUUUCCCUCAGCAGCAAAGGAAUUUAAUAUUAAAAAUAUUUUUUAAAAAUAUGUAUAACACAAGAGGUAAUCUUCCUAGUAACAAGAACAGCCAAUCAGCAACUUUUCCUUGGCAUAAUAGGCGGUAACCAAUAGAUCACUUCCUCUUUCUUUGCUGCUCCAUCAGUUAAAUACACUGAUCCCAUGCAUUUUUUAACCGUGGGAUAGAUAUAUGUAUAUUACUAUUAUCUUAUUGUGAUUUCAUUGUUGUUGUUAUUAUUGCAUUAAUUUUUCAAUAAUAUUGCUGGGGGCGUGGAGCGAUGACGUAGCACUCCGCUACACUCGCGGGUUUUAGAAGUUAGGUGAGGGACAAUGGAGGGAGAAGGCUAUGGAUUUUUGCCGAUGGAGGUGCAUCAGGUACAUUGACUGGAUCGAGUAUACUGUACUCUGUAGGAGCCCUGUGAGCUGGGCAGCGGGGUUGCCGUGUGGACCCGGGGGCUGUGGGAUCCGGAAGUGCUGAGUGGAGUGGCCGGAGAACUGCAGAUCCUGGGGGCUGUUGCUGAGGUCUGUUUGUGUGUCGUUUGGUGUGGGAGUAGAGACUCGUGGAGGACGCUACAGACCAGAAUCUGAGAAGGGGGUUCCCCUGCCUUGUCCUGGGGACACGUGAGUGAGCUAAAAGCUCUUUAACAAAAAAAAGAGGGAAGAUAAAAGGAGAGAGAGAAAAACAAACAGAAUCAAAUUGCCAAGUUUCCCUAUUGUGUAUGCUUCACAGAAUUCUACUGAGCCUAUUUCUUGCUUUCCCAAACUUUGGUCCUCUUUACUCCCUUGGUCAGCUUGUUAUAUGAAUAUAAUAUUUAGGAAUUUAUAAUUAUUCCUGUAAAGAAAGGACAGAAUAUAAGGGAAAAAGGAAGGAGAAAAUGGAUAGAAGGUAAAGAGAGGAAAGGAAAAAGAAAGAGGAAUAAAAGGGGGAGGGAAAAGGAAAAAAAUGAAAAGGAGAAAAAUAACACUAGGAAACUAACAGGUUAACAAAAGUGGUUAAGGGGUGGAAGAAGGAGUACGUCUGUAGAACGCUAUAGGAUUGGAGAUUUGCAGGAUACAAAGCAAAUAGACUGUACAUACUCUGGUCACUGUUUUUUUUUUUUCCUCUUUUUUCUUUUUUGUUUGUUUUGUUUUUUCCACUGUCUCAUAUCUAAUGAUAUAAUAUGGCGACUAGAAAAACACAAGAAAAUAAAACUACCAAAAUAAAACAGCGAACAGAAAUUAACCCCUGGAGAAACGUUUAUUUUUCUUUUCACCUCAACUUCAGAAAUUAGGAGAUCAAAUUAGAAAAGGCUGAGACAGCAACUGAGCUUCAAAAGGUGACGGUAGAUCUGCUGAAUAACGCGAUGGAAACACAAUUUAUAAAGAUUAAAAAUGAAAUACAACGCUUUUCAGAAGAGUUUUACAAAGAUCUACUUAAAGGACCACUAUAGGCACCCAGACCACUUCAGCUCAAUGAAGUGGUCUGGGUGCCAGGUCACUCUAGUUUUAACCCUGCAACUGAAAACAUAGCAGUUUCAGAGAAACUGCUAUGUUUCACUUAGGGUUAAUUCAGCCUCUAGUGCAUGGGUCGUCAACCUGGUCCCUACCGCCCACUAGUGGGCGUUUCAGGAUUCCAGGUGGGCGGUAGGGGUUUCGACGGCACAACAAGCUAAAACGCUAAAUCCUCCUUUUGAGAGAGUGGGCGGGCGAGAGUGCGCACAUGAAAGUACGAACGCGCGCAAACUCGUGCAAACAUGAGAAUGCAUGAGCGCAAACAAGCGAACGUAUGCAUGCACGUGCAAUACAGUGUAACACAUGGGAAGAGGAAGGUGAGGAGUGGGAGCUGAUGCACGAUAGCAGGGACAGGCAGAAGUGGAGCAGAGCAGUUGUAAAAUAGGAGAAAGAAAAGUUAUAGGCAGGACAAGGAGAGAAUUGUUGUUGGCUAAUAAUAAUAAGUGGGCUAACUAGCUCAGCCUUACUUUGGUACAUUGCCAUAAGGAAGGUAAAAGAAAAGCAUAAAAAAAGGAGAUAAAAAGGAAAAGAUCAAAAAAAUUAAAAAAGGGAAGAAAAAUAGAAAAAGGGGAUAAAAUAAAGGAGGAGAGUAAGCAGUGUUUAGACUGGCUCAUAAGUUAAGUUUUGUUAUCUUAUAAAAUAAAAGAAAGAAGGAAAAUAAGUAAAGGAAGGAGAAGGAGAGAAUAAAUAGAAAGGGAAAAAGAGACCCCUGAUAUAUUGAUAUAAUAUAAGGAAGGUAAAGAAGAAGAAGGCAGGAAAAGUAGAAAAAAGGGGGGGGGGGGAUUUCUUUUUAUGGUGACACGUAAUAAAAAUUGGCACCCUAUACAGCAUUUGUUUUGGUGUUUGUAAUAAAAGGGAAAAGAGGAGGGAAAAAAGCACUGUGUGGAGUGCAGAUCAAAACGUAAGAGUAAAAGAAGUUGUUAAAUUGUGAAACAAAUGUAGAACCCAUGUCUGAAAAAAAAGAAAUAUGCUCAUGGCUAUUUAACAGAGUAUCUGAAGAUGGGUUUCAUAGAAUCUGUUACAAAUAAACAGCUUCCAAUGUGUUUACUGUGCUACAAGACAUUAUCUAAUGAAGCAAUGAAGCCAAGUCGGUUGCGAGAACAUCUUGCUACAAAGCAAGAUAAAGAUAAGCCCAGUGAAUAUUUUCAAGAAAUCUAUAAAAGAUUUCAAAAUCGUUCAACAAAAGCUGCAUUAUUUCAAAAACAACAUGCAAAGAAUGAGGAUCGUAUAUCACACUUAAUUUCAAAAAGUGGUAAAAGCCAUAAUAUUGGAGAAACUUUGAUAAUACCCUCUAUUAGAGAAUUUAAUCUCAACAGUAAUGCAUCAGGAUAUACCUGAAGUUUUAAAAACAUUGCCCCUUAGUGAUCACACAGUAAAGAGACGCAUUGACGAAAUGGCGGCUAAUGUUGAAAAUAAACUUAUUGGUAUUCUCCAAAAUUCUUAAUUUUCCAUACAACUGGAUGAGUCUGUCAUUGCAGAUAAUAAUGCUCUACUGAUAACAUAUGUACGGUACCGUGAUGAAAACAAUACAUUGCAAGAAGAAAUGCUAUUCAAUGUCAAUCUGAUUACAGCAUUAUCAAUAUUUAAUGCUGUGAAAUCAUACUUUGCAAAAAAUAAUAUACCCUUGAACAAUAUUGUUGCAUGUGCUACUGAUGGAGCACCAUCAAUGGUAGGCCGCUAUCGUGGGUUUGUUGCUUACUUGAAGGAAGACGUGCCAAACGUUUUGUGUAUUCAUUGUGUUGUGCACAUACAACAUAUUGUAGGAAAACAUUUAAGUACAAGUCUCCAUUCAUCAUUAAGUAUAAUAAUUAAAGCUGUAAAUAAGAUCAAAUCUAAUGCCAAAUGUGAUAGAAUGUUUUGACAGCUGUUCCAAGACAAUAACGAGCAGUUUAUUAGGUUACUUUGACACACAGAAGUUCGAUGGCUCUCAAAGGGUACAUGCUUGUCUCGUUUUGUUGCAUUAUUUGAUAGUGUCAUACAGUUUUUUUGAAAGUGAUAAUGAGGCUGGUCUCUAUGAACAGUUAAAAACCGUAAAGAAUGAUGCCUUUUAUUUGGCAGACAUUUUCAAGAGAUUUAAUGAAAUUAAUUUGCAGCUUCAAGGAGCCAAUAUAACUCUUAUAAGUUGCAAAAAUAUUGUGUCAUUAUUUAUCACAAAGGUUGAUCUCCAUCAUAAUAUUUUCAAGAGAGAAUUUCAUCAGUUUCCUGAAUUGUCCUCUAUAAACAAUGAUGUAACUCUGGGGGAUAUUGAAAGUUUCAGUAGCCACCUCAACAAACUCAAAUUGGAUAUGGAAAAACGAUUUCAAGAUAUUUUGAACUUAAAGGUGCAUGACUGGAUGAUAAAUUCAUUUACAGCAAAUGUUGCUGAGUUUGAUAUAACUUGCCAAGAAGAACUAUUAGAACUUAAAUAUGAUGAAGAGAGUAAAUUUAAUUUUGGCAGUGGUGGAUACCAAAAACUCUGGCAAAAAAAAAAAAAAAUGCCUGCGUUAUAUCCAAAUAUGUGGAAAAUUAUAUUCAAUUUAUUGAUACCUUUCCCUACCACAUAUCUUGUAGAAUCAGGCCUUGGUGCUGUUAAUCAUAUUAUGAGCAAACAUAGAAACCGUCUGAAUAUCACCGAAAGAGGAGACCUUCGUUUGUUCCUUACAAAAAUCGAACCAGAUAUAAAAUAUUUAGUCUCGCAGCAUCAGCCUCAAGGAUCUCAUUAAUCACCAGUUAAAAGUACCGUAUUUAUCGGCGUAUAACACGCACCUUUUCUCCCUGAAAAUAGGGGAGAAAUCGUGGGUGCGUGUUAUACGCCGGCCCUUUAAAUGCUGCAGCCGCCUGAGCGCUCUGUCAAGAGUGUUCAGGCGGCUGCAGUUGGUACUCACCUCCCCUGUAGCGCGGCCGAGCCGCUCUGCCGUCCGCGGUGGCCGGCCGGAGUGAUAGGAAGGUGCACGCUCAGUGUGCACCUUCCUGUCAGUCCGACCGGGUACAGGAAACAGAAACUCCUGUUCCGCGCACUCGCGCCCGCCCACUCUCUCAAAAGGAGGAUUUAGCAUUUUAGCUUGUUGUGCCGUCGAAACCCCUACCGCCCACCUGGAAUCCUGAAACGCCCCCUAGUGGGCGAUAGGGACCAGGUUGACGACCCAUGCACUAGAGGCUGAAUUAACCCUAAGUGAAACAUAGCAGUUUCUCUGAAACUGCUAUGUUUUCAGUUGCAGGGUUAAAACUAGAGUGACCUGGCACCCAGACCACUUCAUUGAGCUGAAGUGGUCUGGGUGCCUAUAGUGGUCCUUUAAGUAGAUCUUUGUAAAACUCUUCUGAAAAGCGUUGUAUUUCAUUUUUAAUCUUUAUAAAUUGUGUUUCCAUCGCGUUAUUCAGCAGAUCUACCGUCACCUUUUGAAGCUCAGUUGCUGUCUCAGCCUUUUCUAAUUUGAUCUCCUAAUUUCUGAAGUUGAGGUGAAAAGAAAAGUCCUUUAAGUUUUUUUUCCCUGAAAUUUCCCUCUUAAAAUGAGGUGCGUGUUAUACGCCGGUGCGUGUUAUACGCCGAUAAAUACGGUAAUUUCUUUUUACUUUAUUGUUUUCACAUUUUACUUCAUAACGUUAAAAACAUUAUAAACAUGCAUAAAAUAGAAAUAAAAAGAUAAAUUUAAGUACAUAUUAUUUUAAAAACCCUCCUUUCUAAAAACUUGCACUAAAAAAUUUGAGUUACUGCAGCACUGGUGGGUGGUAAGGAAAUUUUUCCAUCCAGAAAGAUGCAUUGGUGGGCGGUAGGUAUAAAAAGGUUGACUACCCCUGUUCUAGUGGCUGUCUCCCUGAAAAAAAAAAAUCACAGUGAGAAGACGCUGGACGUCCUGAGGAAAGCAUUGAGUAAUGCUUUCCUAUGAGCGGUUUGAAUGAAUGCGCGCGUGGCUCUGGCCGCGCAUGUGCAUUUGGAUCUGACGUCAGCAGGGGGUGGAGAGUUUCCCAGUACAGAGGAAGCCCGGCGCUGGGGAAAGGUAAGUGGCUGAAGGGGUUUUAACCAAGGAAAAUCAAGAAUUGAUGCGCAAACAAGCCAUCAUAGAGAUUCUGACCCAUACCCCGGGUUAUGUCAAUCUCUUUGUAGUACCCAAAAAAGGUGAAGGGGUGAGACCAGUCAUAAACUUUAAAACAGUUGAACGGUUAUGUGUCCUACCACUAUUUCAAGAUGGAAGGCCUACAUUGUCUACGCAACUUACUCCAGCCAGCAGACUAGAUGGCCAAAUGAGACUUACAGGACGCUUACCUCACAGUCCCUAUAGCAGAUCAACAUCAAAAUUUUCUUCAGUUCACAUGGUAAUGACGGAAAUGGAAAUUCAGGUGCCUACCAUUCUGCCUGUUUUUGGCUCUGUGGUGUUUCACCAGGAUCAUGAAACCUGUGGGUGCUCUGCCAAGGAGUCGAGGCAUUUGGCUUAUCAUCUAUCUGGAUGAUAUACUCAAUCUAGCUCAGUCAAGCAUCCUUCUCCACACACACCUGAGGUGGACUCUGAUGUUAAAAAACCUGGGUUUCCUUAUCAAUUAGGAAAAAUCCAUUAUGAUACCUUCUCAAUGUAUUGAAUUCCUGGUAUUAAAAAUAGAUUUAACUCUUCAGCCUCUACAUCUACCAGCAUCAAAACUACUAAAUAUCAAAAAGGAAAUCAGAUGCACAUUGACCGUUCCGCAGUUCUCCCUCAAAUACUUGGCAAAAGUCAUUGGGCUCCCAGCGACUUCAAUCCAGGCCAUAUUCCCGGGUCCUUUCCAUUACUGGGGUCUUUAAUGGCUACCAGCCUCUUCAAAAGCGGGGCAUCUUACGAAGACAUGGUGAAGUUAGCCAAAGAAGCGAAAGACGAGCUUCAUUGGUGGCUUCUUUACAUGGAAGCCUGGACUGGACACGCUAUAUAUUUGGAACAUCCCCAGACCUGAUCAUAGAAUCAGAUGCAAGCUUACAAGGUUGGGAUGCACGUUGUAGAGAUACCUCCACAGGAGGCAGAUGGUCAGACCUAGAAUGAACGCCACAUAUCAAUUGACUAGAACUUAUGGCUUCUGGCUGGAUCCUUUGCUGUACGCAGUCUAUCACCAACUCAUUCUCAAUGCACAAUUCUAGUGAAAAUGUGCAAUGUUUCAGCGGUCAGAUAAAUCAACCAUCUGGGACGCAUGAAGUCCAAAGUUCUGGCGAAGAUGGCAAUUUUGCAGAACAUCUCGGUGACAGCGGAAUAUAUUACCGGCCUCUCCAACACCCCAACAUAUUGGUAUUCCCGUCAUCUCAAAGACUUCAGCGAUUGACGUCUGGACCCUUUGAUAUUCAAAAAAAAAAUCGUCAUUUGGGGCCUUUGGGAAUAGAUCUCUUCGCCUCUUGAGUGAAUACUCAAAUCCCUCACUAUUUCAGCUGGAGCCCAGACCCAACAGCUCUGGUGACGAACGCCUUUUCCCAAGACUGGGCUCCAGUGACAAACUAUGCUUUUUCCUUGUUUGCACUUUUUCCUCGUUGCCCACUUCAGCUUUGUCGCCAACAUGACAUGUUGUUGCUUGUGACCCACCUAUGGCUGUCACAACCCGUGGUUCCCUCAUCUCCUGGAAAUGACAAUAGAAUUUCCUCGCCUUCUCCCAUUGUGAGAUUCUCUUCUCCAAGACCCGGACAGACCAUUUCACCCACUAAUCCUCCGCUAAAUCUACGACUUAUGGUUUUGGGGACUUUGGUCAAUCUCUGGUGUUCCGCAUUCAACUCUCAGACUUCUCGAGAAUGCAUGGGCACCCAGCACGAGAGAAGCUUAUAAAUCUGCUUGAAAUGCAUGGAAUGGUUGGUGCCUUGGAAGAGAUCUCUUAUUGGUUCCUUUUAACAUCCAUGUUGCAAUUAUUUACUUUUUUUUUUAGGCAGGGAAAGUGUAUCGCACGGUUAACCUUUACCACUCUGUGCUCUCUGACUGACACCUGGGCGUCUAUGGUGUCCCUAUGGGACGACACCCCUCUGUCUGUUGAAUCCUAUGCAGGUUCCUUUUUUAUCGCCCACCAUUACCACGUUAGUCUUCACUUUUUCACGUUUCUCUUGUCCUCAGAUUUCUGGAGUCAGGACCAGAUAAUGUUUCGUUAUCUCUCAAACAACUUUCUGCAAAAUUAGUCAUGCUUUUUUUGUCUCAUCUCAUGCAAAAGAGUCUCUGAUGUACGAGCUCUUGACAGGGACGCUCUUUCCCGGAAGGCAUCCUCUUUGACAUCUCUAGAAGGACCAAGACCUCUUCCAAGUCUGUACUCUACCCGGCUUUUCUAGAGAGGCCUCAACUUUGCUUACGGGAAUACAGAUUUCGUACAGCUUCAUUCCGGAAUCCUCUGAUGCCUCAACUGUUCAUCUUUUUCCUUUUUUGGUCAAAUGGGUCAGAUGGAUUAUGACAUUAACCAGCAUUGAUCCUUCUGUAUUCUCCCCACAUUCUGUGUGGCGCUUUAGCAUCUAAAGCUUCUAGAGUCAGCUGCCGACUAGAUGAUAUUUUACGAGCUGCUGACUGGUCAUCGGAAUCUACGUUUCGAGAUUUUUAUUUUAAACUAAUUCAACAUUUUGCAGGAACGGUCAUUUCACAGCUUUAAACUAGCAUACUAGGAGCCACCAUGUCUUAAUAAAAUUUCCAGAUUUUACUAUUUACAUUACUUAAAGUCAUGAUUUUAUUAAUGACAUGGAAGCAAGUAUUAUCCCUCCCUCCCAUUCCCAGAUGAUUUUUUGACUGGGUACGUUUCUUCAUGGUAAGUGUGAAUCCUUCAUGAUGAGUAUAUACAUUAUCAUAUGUGGGCUAAUCCUCAAGUUUAUUUUAGAUACUAGUUAGAUUUAUUUUGUGGUUGUUAACUAUUUUGUAAGAUGAUUACUAUGUAUGCAUCCAAUUACGGCUUGGAUAUUACCAUAUUGUUUCUCUCUACCAGCUUAAAUUAGAGAUCAAAUGUAUGAGCCCAUUGUUAUUGUCCUUCGGUGGACUCAUUUUGCUUCAUGUUUAUGGAUAUUUCUUGUUCUUCACUUUGGGUUUGCAAGAAAGAGGAAGUGAUCUAUUGGUUGCUGCCUAUUAUGCCAAGGAAAGGUUGCUUCUGGUUACUAAGAAAAUUAGCUCUUGUGUUAUACAUAUUGUUUUUAUAUCUUUAAUGUUACAUUAAAUGGUAUACCACUAAAAGGAUGUUGCUAUAUAUAAACCGGACAUCUGGUUUAUAUUCAGCAACAUCCUUUUUAGUGGUAUACCAUUAUUUAAAGAUGAAGGUAUCCAUCUCUUACGAGAUCUGCUCCUACAUGACAAUAGGUUCACACGCCUCGACUUGAAGGACGUUUAUCUGUCAGUGUUGUUCACACUCUCCUAAGCGGACUCGUCCACUGGGGGUCCAUGCUCAAUGGAGGAAACAGAAAUACACACCAAUUGCCUAAAACAGAUAACCUCUGUCAUCCGGUUUAUGUUGUACAGCGCCUUUGCUGAAAAGUGUCCAUAUCUCCUCUUCGAAAAGGGCAUUGUUUUCCUUGGACACCUGUAGAGGGGGGGGGGGGUGUUUUUGGUGUGGAGUCGAGACGAACUUAAUGACCUAACCUCUCACCAGCUGUAGAAUCCAGGCAUCCACAAAAAUCUGUUCCCAUUUCUGCAACAAAAGGAACAAUCUGCCUGCAGUGCAAAUUUUGGAGUAGUAACAUGGAGAGGAACCCAUCUGAGGGAAAGCGUCCUCGACCUUUGCCAUGGGAUCCUCUUGACUUGUCCGUUCUGCUGUAGGAGAAAGAGCCUAGGACAAGGAUGUCGGGAAAAAGUUGGUUGAUGGUGGAUGAGGCCUGGCCAGAAACCGCUGGUGGCUUGACCUCUUCGGAACAGCCCUCCCCAAAACACCUUUUGAUGCGAUUGUGCACAACAUUUGCCUCAUGGAUGUUUGGUCCUUGUUCAAGGUAGUGAAGAGCAAGGCGUCCUUUUUGUUAGCUCUGCAUUGCCAAACAGGAGGCUGUUGACCAUGUCAUAUGGUCCUCUGGUCAAACAUGAGGCAUACCUGAGUGUCCAGAAACAGUACUUCCGUUUCUUGGGAGGCCUGGGCCUGAGUUUUCCCUUGUUUAAAGGGACCGCCAACAUACCAUUCUUUGAGGUAUUUAGAAUCUAUGGCCGGAAGGUCCAGCCAGUCAUCUUUGCCCUCUGAUACUGAGUCGUCAGCCUGCUAUUUGUCCAAGAUGUCAAGGCCAGCAGUGGCAUAAUCAUCUUCUUCUUAAGAGAAUUUAGAGGAUGGUCCUGAUACCGCUAGUCAUUUGGGGAAUUUAGCAAUUGCUUUACCUUCAGCCUUGGCAGGCAAUGGUGUGAUGCCUUUUUGUGUCAUUUUGUGCGGGUGGAGUGUUGGUGUUGGAUACUUCAGAGCCCACAGUGUCGUCAUUACACGGAGGCGUCAGGCCCACAGCAUGAGUAGAUAUCGCAAGAAAUUGGGUGAGGAUUUUGAAGAGUGCAUUCUCCAUCGACGCUGCAACUGCAGCAUUUGUUACGGACUGGAAGUCCUGUGAUUGGAUUGGGGAAUCACUCCUGAUGGAGUGUUGUUGUCCUACGGAAGAGGGGACAAGUGUUAGCCAGUCGUUUGUAAUCUGGCUUGGGAAGGGAAACAUGCAUAGAUGAAUUCCUCUUUGCAAUUGCUGCGUUUUUGCCUGUGGAGGCCCAAAAGAGAGCAUAGAGGCAGCUCCACAGUGCCAGAGCAGGAUAACAGAACUCUUUAGCAUAAAAAUAGGUUAACAGAGAUAUUAUAGUCAUAUAUAAACAGAGGCCUGGCCAAUAGUAGAAGACAGGAAAGGCAGGACUAGGAAAAUAUAAUAGGAAAAAAUGAAAUACGCCAAAAACAAAAGACAGCAAUUGUACUCAGAGGAUAUACUUUGACCUGUUGCAGCAGGAGCAGCAAAGAAAGAGGAAGAGUCUAGAUCACACUGCCAUAUAUAUGCUAUGUUUCUUUUGUUCUGAUUGGUUUAAACUUGAUUGACCUUUGCUGCUGUAGUUUACAGUAAAGAAAGUUAUGCAAAAUAUGAAGCCUCCUGUCAUGUGGUAAAAUUUGUCUCUCUGGUAGUUGUCCAAUCUGUCCCUCCCAGACAGAGGUAAAAUCGGUACAUGUGCCCUGUUAUCUAUGAGCCAUUACUUCAAAAUUUCUGCUUGAUGGUUUUCUUUGCCAUUUGAAGCCAUGGGAUUGUCAUUGUUUUCCAAUGUUUGUCUAUGGAAUUUUUUGUAGUUAGGAUAUGCAAGAUUAACUGCUGUGUGUCUCAAGGGAGGGCACCUGGGAUCAUGUUGAGGAGGAGACAAUGUGGUGUCGGAGUGAUCUCCUGUCCGAUGACAUUUGCUAUGAGGUUUGCUAUUGCUGCCCAAAGUGGUUGUAGUAGGAAGCAACUCCAGAAUAUGUGAAGCAUCGUCCCUUUGUGCCUCUUGCACCACAAGCAUGCAUCUGACGUUCCCAGGUAUAUAUGGGCUAGUUUUGCUAGCGCCAGGUACCAACAGUAUAGAACUUUCCUGCUAGUCUCCCAAUGAUUUAUGCAUUUGGAGACCCUGUGUAUAUUGAUCGCUCCUCUCUGCUACUCUUCCUGUGGUAUCUGCAUAUAUUGAGCUCCUUCUCCCAUUUUGUUAUAUUGGCUGGUGGCACUGACUCCAGCAUCAUGUCGCUUUAUCCCUGAUUGGAAAUUUAGAUUUUAUGUUAUUUUAUUUUAUGUUUAUUUGUUAUUUAAUUUUUGUGUUACUGAAGAAGUCCUGUAUGGAACAAAACUUGUUUUCUAUUUAUUUUAUUGUAUUUUGUUUUGUACAUUUUAAUAUAUUGCAUUGGCAAAAUAAAAGCAGUGUUUGGUGAAUACUACCCUCAGUCCUUGAGAACAUCUUUGGUGGGGAGUCAACCACUGAAUUGGGGUCAGGGUCAUGUGUGCCCAAGGCUUAUUGAUGCAUGUGGGAGGCCUCUCACUCAGAAGAACUACUGUAGCUCAAAUUGCUAAGUAUGGGGCGCAGACCAGUCACAGUGCCCAUGAUGACCCCUGUCCACUGCCGAAAGUGCCUUAAGUGGGGAGGUGAGCGUAGGAACUGAACCAUAGAGCAAUGGAAGAAGGUUGUCUGGCCUGAUAAAUCACAUUUUCUUUUAGGUAAGGUAUAUGACCAGGUCCGUGUGCAUCGCUUACCUGAGGAAGAGAUGGCAGCAGGAUGCACUGUGCGAAGAAGGCAGGUUGGCAAAGAUAGUGUAUGUGCAUGUGGGGGGCCUCUCACUCAGAAGAACUACUGUAGCUCAAAUUGCUAAGUAUGGGGCGCAGACCAGUCACAGUGCCCAUGAUGACCCCUGUCCACUGCCGAAAGUGCCUUCAGUGGGGAGGUGAGCGUAGGAACUGAACCAUAGAGCAAUGGAAGAAGGUUGUCUGGCUUGAUAAAUCACAUUUUCUUUUAGGUAAGGUAUAUGACCAGGUCCGUGUGCAUCGCUUACCUGAGGAAGAGAUGGCAGCAGGAUGCACUGUGGGAAGAAGGCAGGUUGGCAAGGCAGGCUCUGAGCAAUGUUUUACUAGGAAACCUCUGAGCAAUGUUUUACUAGGAAACCUUGGAUCCUGGCAUUCAUGUGGAUGUUACUUUGAUACAUACCACCUACCUAUAGACUGUUGCAGACCACGUGCACCUACAUGGCAAUGGUGUUCCCUGAUGGCUCUGGCCUAUCUUAGCAGCAUAAUGUACCCUGCCACACUGCAAAAAUUGUUCAGGAAUGGUUUGAGAAACAUAACAGGGUUCAAGCUGUUUCCUUGGCCUCCUAAUUACCCAGAUCUCAAUCCAAUUGAGCAUCUGUGAAAUGUGCUGGAACAACAAAUCCGAUCCAUUGGCCCAAGCCAGCACUGAGGGACAUCGGCGCUGGACUGAGGUAAGUGAAAGAAGUGGUUUUAACCGAUUAUUUGAUUGCCAGACAGGGGUUGUAACCACAUUAAUUUAUUAAAGGACCACUCUAGGCACCCAGACCACUUCAGCUUAAUGAAGUGGUCUGGGUGCCAGGUCCUUCUAGGCUUAACCCAUUUUUUCAUAAUUAUAGCAGUUUCAGAGAAACUGCUAUAAUUAUGAAUGGGUUAAGCUUUCCCCCUAAUCCUCUAGUGGCUGUCUCAUUGACAGCCACUAGAGGCGCUUGCGUGCUUCUCACUGUGAUUUUCACAGUGAGAGCACGCAAGCGUCCAUAGGAAAGCAUUAUGAAUGCUUUCCUAUGUGACCGGCUGAAUGCGCGCGCAGCUCUUGCCGUGCAGGCGCAUUCAGCCGACGGGGAGGAAUGGAGGAGGAUCGGAGGCAGAGAGCUCCCCGCGCAGCGCUGGAAAAAGGUAAGUUUAACCCCUUUUCUCCUUUCCAGAGCAGGGCGGGAGGGGGACCCUGAGGGUGGGGGCACCCUCAGGGCACUAUAGUGCAAGGAAAACGAGUAUGUUUUCCUGGCACUAUAGUGGUCCUUUAAUGCAUGAAAAUCACAGUGAGAAGCACGCAAGCGCCUCUAGUGGCUGUCAAUGAGACAGCCACUAGAGGAUUAGGGGGAAGGCUUAACCCAUUCAUAAACAUAGCAGUUUCUCUGCUAUGUUUAUGAAAAAAUGGGUUAACCCUAGCUGGACCUGGCACCCAGACCACUUCAUUAAGCUGAAGUGGUCUGGGUGCCUAGAGUGGUCCUUUAAAGAGCACCCUGUACUUUUUAUACCACAUACUUACUACCCAUUUUUCAGUUGAGCUCUUCCUAUAAUUAUAUGUUUGUAAGAAAAUUAAAUUGACUGCUUUAUGUAUUUCUCUAUUAAGCACAUGUAAUCAUAUCUUUAUGAAUGUGAUUUUUGUUAACGCAUUGAUUUCAAAGCAAAAGUUUUGUGUGUUUUAUAUUUGUAAGAUUAGAUUUUCUUCUCUUUCAAUAAAAUGUCAUUCCUGAGCAUUAAUUAAAAGUAAGCACCCUUUAGCACUUACAUAAAUAUCUAUUAAACUCUAUAACCAGUUAAGCAGACUGUAAUGGUUAUGGUGCAUGUCUCUGGCCUCUCACCUUGUAGAGCUUUCCAUUACUUCUAUUUAUAUGUGGACAUUUUAGAAAGAGUAAAUCCACUCCCUGGUAAAUCCCCUUAUUUGAUGAAGGCUUCCUCAUAUGACCAUACAAAUACUUGUACAGAGUGAGCGUGUAUUGCCUACUCUCAUGAAACAAAUUAGCUUUUUCUACUUGCAGGUGUAGUGCUGUGAAAGACACAUGUUGUACUAGGCACAUAUUCUCUCACCUAUCGAAUUACUUUUCAGUCAAAGGAAGCAAAGCAUCAUCCAGUUAUGUGAUUAAACAGAAGGUGGAUUUUUUUGUCUUCAAACAUAUUUGUAGUUAUUAAACAUACCGUUGUAGUGAUCGUGUUGCUAGUUGGCUCGGUGCACCAUUCCUUAGCCUGCAGCCUAUUGGCACCGUAUGCAGAACAAUGGUAUGUAGUAGUUAUGGAGCUUAGACUGCCAUUUAAAGAAAACAGCAAUGUCUUACAAGGUGGUUAUGAUUUUUUGGAGUGUCCCUAUUAAAAAUUAUUCACUAUUACCCAAAUCAGUGAUACUUAAACAAAGAGUGACUAUGUACAGAUUCUGGACAUGUAUUUGAAACAUGAAUAUCCACCAACUGAGGAAGCCUAUUUGGCGAAACGCGUUUUGGUGAUUAUAUGGACUUUGUUUUAUGUUUUUCUUUUAUUUCUGGAAUAAAUUAUUACUUUUGAAGUAGAUAUUGUUCCUGCAUCAUCCUUCUCAUCUACUGGAGUGGGAUUUGGAUCUCCCUUAAGGAUCCUAUUGCUAUCCAGACUAGAGCCAGGUUACUUUAUGGCUCUAUCCUUGUGAGUGUGCCCAUUAUAGACAUAGUGAUUACUUUUUGUCUUACCAGUUUUACACUAUUGUAUCUCCCUCUGUUUCUGUUUCAGUUUUGUGGCUGUAUAUUGAAGAGAGGGAAGUAUUUACAGUAUUUGUUUUUUAUUGCUCCACCUAUUUGUUGUAUAUUAAUGUAUUUGAAACGUACCCGUAUAUAAACUAAGCUAAUACCAGUUUUAAUGGUAUUUUCCUCAAUUUUGAAACCUUUGUAACAUCUAUAUUUAAAAUAGUUUUCUUAAAAGUAUCUCUGUCACAAAGUAAUUUGUGAUAUCUCCGUCUAGGCACCCUUCCUCCCCACAACAGUUGCAACCUACCAUUUUUAUCAAUGUGUCGGUCCCACCGGUUAUUAGUUCAAAACACCAUCUUCAUAUUUUCUGUACACUCAUAACAUCACUGGAUCUGUGAACCACCGCUGGUGGGAGGUGACUAUUUAACAAGACACCCAUUGACAAAGCGGAUAGGGGACGUGGAGCUUGAUUAAAGCUCUAGCCCUUGUCAACAUUUUUCAAAUUCCAGGUUAUACAUACUGUGACAGAUGCUCCUUUGCCAUAGCCUCCUGGAGAGGCGUAAAGGCUAGCCUCCUACCCACAGCCUAUGGACCUGGUCCCAUGAGCCCUUAAAAGGGGCUGUUGUCCCUGUGGGUGAGGGGCCUUGUUGUAUUACAACAGAAUCCCUGUCCCCAGAGACCCUUUGUGUUUUUUAUAUUGUGUUGUUAGGAGUGCCUAUAUGUUUCCCCAUAGGAUUUUGUCCUGUGAAGUUGUUGAUUGUCCAGGGUGUGUGUCCUUUCCCCUCCCCGUUUUCCUGUCUUAUUGUUUUACCAGUAGGGCGUUGUCCCAUUGUUCACAGACACUUCCAGACCAGUUUAAGAUGGCUGCCCUGAUACUCCUUUAAAUUCCACAUGUGGUUCUCAACCUUUGCUAUUGUCUGUCCCCACCCUUCCUGGUAAUUACAGGACUCCAUUCACACUGAUUGUAAGCUUUGUAGUGUGAUUGGUUGCUAUCCCAAGUUCAUACUGUUAUUGGUUAGCUUAGGAUACAUAUUGUAAUUGACUACUAUCCCAAGUCCGUACUACCAUUGGAUACCACUGUAACUCUAUUGUAAGUAAAUGAGGCUAUUGUGGGUAUGAAUAGAUGUGCUGUCUCCAAUAAAGGUUGGACUUUUACAAGUACUGUAUUCUGAACAACCGCUGCUCAACCUGUCUGCUGGAUCAUUUCAUCUAGUCAACUGCCUAUCCUCUGUUUCUAACAUUUUAACUUCACAAUCCCUAAAACUAAAAUUCCUAAAAUGUUAUUUUAAAAAAUCAGUAUACUGAUUUACACAAGUUCAUUAAAUGUGCUAAGCUUUAAAAACAGAAAGUUGAAAAUUUAAUGACAGUUGUUUUACAACCUCAUACACUGGGUGUCCAAUUCAAAUGCCCCGGUGGAGUGCUUUUCUCAUCUUUAUAGUAUUUCAUUGCUGUGCUUAAGGGAUAAGAGGACAGUGAUUGUCUGUGAGGCAGGGCUAUGUCAGCAAGUUAUAAUGACUUCACUGGAUGAACAAACGUAUCCAUUAAAGCGGCUCUGUCACUGUCUAAGGUCUUGCAUAAUUUGACCCCUGAUGGGGACAUCACCAUCUGGGCUCUAGUAGCCAUAGAGGGCAGGGAAAGGUUGCCUUACUUUCCUGAACCUGUCCCUUUUUGCACCACCCUCCUCUUCAGUCCAGUCCUCUUAAGGGCUUUUUAGCUCCUGGCGCUUCAGCUCUCAGGAGUCAACAACAGCGCUGUACAAUCACCCAUGAACAACUGUGGAACAUUGAGAUCUAUGGAGGAUCCCAUGAUGCCACAGGAUCCUCUAUAGACAGAAUUUUUUUUUUUCCUACAACCAUCACUGGUGACAUCUCGGGGAAAUGGAAAGCUUGACAAUCUUUUGCCAGGCGGAGGAAAAAAAGUAGUCCCUACUUUGUCUUAGUAUAUCUUUUGACUGAGGAGAGGAUGACAGAGCUGCUUUGUUAAAAGAUGGAGUGUAGCUAAAGGGGUAGAGUUACACAGCAGAAAGCUGCAAAACUUUUUUUUCUUUUUUAACAAAAUUUAAAAACAAUUUAAUGUGGAAAAAUAAUACAGCAUGAAUAGGAGGCCAAAACCCACCAAAUGCUAUUCAGUUGUUCUGGUGACCAUAGUGCUUCCUUUUAAACUGUGACCUUUUUUAGCAGUUUGUAUGAAAGUGUAUCGGCUACAUAUUAUAACCUAGAAAAAGUAAUUCUACCAGUCACUAGAAGUGCUUUCUGCUGUUUUAUGGAGUAUGACUCCAUGAAACGAUCAGGGCUGUCUAUAAUAUAGAUUGGACCCUCGGCAAGUAUUUGCUUGUGCCCCCUUGCCCCCACCCUCCCACCCCCUAGCAUGCAAUUACGUCCGCCUCAAAAAAAACAACCCAAAACAAACAUCAAAUGUCAGUACUCCUCAACCUUUUCUCACACAAGGCACACCACAAGCAAAAAUAUAUGACUACCGGGUCACCAUGCACCAGCACACUUGCAAAAAAGGUCACACUGCCCCCAGAGCGCUUGCCACAGUGCCAUUCUCCCCCCACAGCACUUAUAUGUGUCACAAUAAUUCAUGUCAAUUUCCACAUUGCUCCACAGCACUUGGCACAGUGGCAAUUUAACAACACACAGAACCUGCCUGUUGCCAGCGUCACUUUGCCCCACAGAACAUGCAUUAAACAUAUGCUAAGUCAGGUGCCCAUUGAAAAAUACAACAGCUAGUGUACCCAUUAAUAAACACCACAGUCAGUUUUCCAAUAAUAAAUACGACACUAAGAUUCCCCAUUAAUAAAUUUGACCGUCAGUGUGCCCAUUAACAAAUACCACAGUAAGGAGGUGAGUGUGGCAUGGGUGUGAGUGACAGGAUUGGGGAAGUUUGUCACGUUACCUUAUGUUACCCAGGCUGUUCCAUGAAGGGCAGAGGGACCCUUCUCACAGUCCCUCUCCUCUCACCUGUGGUUCCGAUGCCGGCUGUUGUAAUCCCGCCCCUUUUUAUGACGUGGCUCGUGAGCACCAAUGUCAUGACGCUUAUGAUGUCACGGCCCGCCAAAACUUUCAAAUUCGAACAUUUGGGGGCAUGGCUAUAAAUGUAAGGCAUAGACUAUAAAAAGAACAUUUAGGGUGCUGGUCAUUGCCGUGUUGUGGUUUCUGUUUACAGUUCCCAAGAGUGCGUUAUAUUCUGUGUCUAUUUUGGUAUUUUGAUCUUGGCUUUCUCCUGAUUAUUCUCUGUGCUGUUCUCCCUGACUCGGCUAUUGGUUUUUUGCUUCCCUGAUUUCUGGCUUCCCCGACUCGGCUUGUCCCUGACCACUCUAAGGACCGGUAAAUGUUGUCUAGUCUAUUAUCAUGUAUACACUCUGCAUGUUGGGUCACUAGAUAUCGUGACAGAGUUACUGUGAAUGAAGGAGGUGACAGUAUGUGUAAGGGAGUGACAGUGUGUGUAGGGGGGUGACAAUGUGUGUGGGAGUGACAGGGGUAUAUUUGUGUGUAGUGUUGGCAUUGGAAUACAGGGGUGUAUUAUUUGCCACACAGAGAUACACACUGACACAGAUAUGCUCACACACUCAGAUACACACAGGUACAUAUGCAGGGUGUAUUUUUGUGCAGUGUUGGCAUUGGAAUGCUGGGAUGUGUGCACUUCCACAGACGCAGUUAUGCACACACACUCAGAAACAUAGACACACACACAGGUACACAUACACUCUGACACACAGGUAAAUAUACACAAAUAGGUACAUAUACAUACAGGUACACAAACACAGGUACACAUACACAAACAGGUACACAAACACAGACACACCGGUACAAAUACCCUCUGACACACAAGUACACAUAUACAGACACACAGCUAAACAUACACAAACAGGUACACUUACACACAUGUUCAUAUACACUGACACACAGACACAAAGGUACACAGACACAUAGAAAUAAACAAAAAGGUACAAAUUGAGACACAACUACACAUACACAAACAUGUACAUAUACACAGGCAAAUGGUUACACAUACACUCUGACACACAAGUACACAUACACAGACAUACAGGUGCACAUAGACACACAGGUGCACAUACACACACAUAUGCCCAACCUCAUAUAAAAAGGUACAUACAUAUACACAUAAUAAUUCACAUAUUUUAACCACCCUCCUGUUUGCUUACUUUUGAUGCAGAAGGGUGGCUUCCAUGGGGUCCUGUGGGAGCUGGCUGACCUAGGCUGAUGGGAGUCUGAGGCCCCAGGCUUCCUCAUUUCCUCUCCUCCUCUGCAUGUGGUCCCUUCUCCUCCUACCCGCACGGCAUUCUUUUAGCUGGGAGGUAGUGACCUGUCCUUAACUCACUUCCUCCCAGCAGGCCGGGAGGAAUUUUAAAGGGCCACGGGGCCCCUCAUUAAAUUGUUGCAUGCUCAAGGGGCAGCUGCUUUGGGCCCCCCAUGAAUAACUGGGCCCGGGGCAGCUUCCCCUUUUGCCCUUUGUUAAAGACGGCCCUGGAAACGAUGCUGGACGUCCUCACGCUUUACAUCUGGACAUCCAUCGUCUUCAGAUUCCCCGUAGGAAAGCAUUGAAUCAAUGCAUGUGCAUAAGGUUCUCCCUCAGCGCUGAUGGAGGCGGAGAUGGAGCCAGCACCAAAGGACCUCAAGGAAUAAGGUGAGUGUAAAAAAAACAACAACAAAAGUUUCUAAUCCUUAAUUUGCCUGCAUAGAGGUAGGGGGCAGAGGAACACUAGUGUUGGGUAUACAGUUUUCUCACACCUCCCCUGGCUGUGACUUACAUAGUCUGCAUGAAAACAAAAUGGUUUAAUUUUCAGACAGAUCUUGCAGGAUCUAGUGAGCUAUUAGAGCAGGGAAUAAGAAAUUCUAAAUUAAACAGAAUUUAAUUUGCAAUAAAGGAAGUGUAAACGUUAGAUGACCCUUUACAGGAAGUGUUUAGGAAGGCUAUGUACGUCACAUGCAGGGAGGUGUGUCUAGGGCUGUAAGAACAAAGUGAUUUAAUUUCUAAAUUGCAGGGAUUGCAGAUUGCAGGAAUUUGAUCUACACACCAUAACUGCUAAAGUUAUUUUGGUGUGUCCCUUUAAGCUGUAGUUGUUCGUGUGACCAUAGUGUCCCUUUAAGUUGUGGUGACAAUAGUGACCCUUAAAUGUCUCUUGGAAGCAAAGUUUAGGUUUAUUUUGCCUUAUUAAUGUUGCACUGAUAUCAUGCUCCGCACGUCUUCUGAAUCAGUGAAAAUGUAAGUAGGUUAAAAGGAUUUUAAGAAUUUCAUUAAUAAUUCAAUAGAUUGAAAAAGGAUUCAAGGGACACUUCAAGCUGAAAAACAUACAUAAAAUUUUAAUACAUUAUGCAUCCAUACUUAUUCUAUGGAUGCAGGCUCUCAUUAUAGUAACCAUCCCUUUUGCCCCUUUUACCCUAUGUUUAAUAUGUUUUUUUAUCAAAGCAAUAUAACAAUAUUAAUUUUGUAUUAUUGCACAUAGUUUGACAACUUACCUGAGGUCUGCCGGGCACCUGUUCCUUUGUCUCCUGAAGCACCUACAGGGCUGGACUGUCCCAUCGGGAUACUGGGAAAUUUGCUGGUGGGACAGCAUAUAUUUGGGUUGGUGAAUGGUCACCCAGGGCACCACGUUCCUCCUCAUUGCUGAACGUACUGCAGGUAGAGGAUCUUCUGUAUUCUCUAACCAGUCUGACAGGAAGUGCUCACUGAGAUCAACAAACAACUUCCUGUCAGUCCUCUACUUGCAGUACGGUCAGCCAUGCUACAUGGAAGUCAGCAGGCACAGGAGUGGAGGGCGAUGGGGAAGAGACAGAGAGGGGCUUGAAUGAAUGAAAUUCCGAUCCGAUUCAUUCUGCGGAUGCAGCCGCUUAAUAGAUAGCUCUCUAAUUCCCACAUUAAUCUUCUGCUCCUACUCACUAUGCCGCGAGUAGGGGCAUGUAUACUAAACAAUGAGCAGCCUGUGGCUGUUCACUGUUGAAAAGAAAAUACCAAAGACUCCCCCACUCCAAUAAAGUGGUAAUUCAGGUAAUUAACAUAGUGUCCCCUGCAAGCCUUAACCUGUGCCCUGCGAGUGGGGGCUACUAAACUAAUUGGGGGAUCUACCUAAAAAUACCCCCCAGGUGACUACGGGUCCCUAAUCCCCUGGUCGGCCCCAGCCCCUCAAUAAAAUAAAACCCUACCUACCUAUCCCCCCUCACCUUAACAGGGAGGGGGGGAACAAUAAGCUAAAUACCUAUAAAUUAAAAAAAAAAAAAAAAUACUUGGCAUUAGAUGUCUUGUUUCUUCAGCCCCAAAAAAGGCCAAAUAAAAAUCCAUAAAUCACAGUGCUCUGACAGGUAAAUCUUGAGCCUUACCUGCAAGGUUUAAGACUUACUUGUCAGUGCACUUGUAUUGGUUGGUAGUUCAUCCCCCCCUUUUUGUCACUGAGGGCCCCCACCCACUGCUCAUGGGUGGAGGUCCAGAGGGGAAGACUAUAGGUUCCCUCCCCUUUGCUACAUACGGCUCACACUCACCGUCAUGGAUGGAGGCUGAGGGGGGAGGCAGUUGGUCCCCUCCUUUUGUUACUUAGGGGCCCCACCGACCGCUCAUGGUUGGGGGCCAGGGGGAAGCAAUAGGUCCCCUGUUUAAGUGAAUAGCCACCACUCACAGGGCACAGGUGGAGGUGGGGGCCUCCCUUGUUAUUAUUUUAAUAGAUGUCCCACCAUAGGGACAUUGGGAACCUGUGCUGGGUGCCCUUAAUUGGACUCCAGGGGUGAGGGUCAGCCACUGACUGCUCACUGUUUAGUAGACAUGCCCCUGCUCACGGCAUAGUGAGUAGGGGCAUUUGGGAGAUUUUAAUCUCUCUUAUGCUAAUAUGGGGGUCAUACUGACCCUCAUAGAAUGAUGGGGGCAUGAGCAUUCUAUUCUGAAAUAUUACAAGAAGGGAGCCGCGAGCCGGUAGCUUCCUCCUUGUAAUAAAUGUAAUGAACGAAGAGGUCUUCGUUCAUUUGUUUGAAAUUUCUAUUCAUUCAUUCAUCUUUCUGAUUAAUGAAUAGCCGAAAUUCCUGUCUGAAUUUCGGACAGUAUCGAAUGUCCAAGUGUUCUAGUGUGGGCAAAUGACGUGCCCCACAGGGCCUACAUCUGUUCAUCUGACCACACGGAGAUGGCAGCGCCGGGGACCUAAGUCCAGGCAUAAAAUAAAGAUCUUAAAAAAGGUAAAAUUGGAAGUCUAGGGGCAUUUGGGGGUGGCAAGGGGGACAAUAAAAUGUAUUGCAGUUGAGAGGGUGGGGUGUUAAAAAAAAAAGAAAGAUGCGGCCAUGAUAGUGCUGCUUUAAAUGUAAAAUUCACUUUGGAUUCACCUUGAAUUCUCACUUUAGUAAACAACCUUAUGUGUGUCUGUUGAAGCAUACUGUCAGACUAUCCCAUAUUUCCAGGUACAGCUCCAUUAAUAUAUUGUCCUGUAUCCUCAAGUCUUUUUUUUUUUUUUUGCAUUGAUAAUUGUUACAAUUUCAUAUUUUAGCAUAUAAUUUAUUGUCAGAUCAGCAAUAGUGUAAAUCAUUAACCUAAGCAAUUUCCUGCAUGAUAAGUAAUAAACUUAAGCAAAUCCCCUAAUAUAACCGGGCUUAUUCACUAAAGUCCGAUUGGUCCUAUAUGUAGCCGGAUGGUUUUGCCCCAUUCGAGGCCAUUUGGACUUUAGUGAAUAACCCUGUUUCUAUUAGGGACACUGCAACAUAUUGACAUUGUUUAUGGAAUUCAUCAAUGCAGAUUGUGUAAAUCAGUCUCUGAAUGGGCCUGAAUUUGAUUCAGUUUUCAGCCGGACAGAACCCUGCUGGACGGCUGAAAUCUGGACAUAAUUAAUUAAAUCCGAGCCUGGAAUUAAAUACAAUCCAAACUGUUUUGCCACUGGCAGAUCUAUAAAAAACAAACAAACAAACAGAAAAACCUUCGGCAGUGUAAUAUUUUCUUUGUGCAAAGAGAGCAGUUACAAACACCACUGGACAGUAGGUACCCAGUGCAGUUCUUUUUUCAUCUCCCAUACAAUCAAGAAGGAAACAACCGGAUAACCAAAACGACAUUUAACCCCUUAAGGACACAUGACAUGUGUGACAUGUCAUGAUUCCCUUUUAUUCCAGAAGUUUGGUCCUUAAGGGGUUAAAAUGGCCACUGACCAGAGAGUUCCCCCACAAACAGUUGCAGUGGUCCUUUUUAAAGUAGCAGUAUAAUAACUCCCUCCCUUUAACAUACAACGUUGCCUAAUAAUUGAGAAUCUAUAAAAAUAUGUUUUGAUGGUUAGGUAUACUUUAUCCUAUGACAUAAUCUUUCAGUUUCUCAGGACAGCAUAUCACCCUUCCAGUUCAUGAUAUUUUGCGCUCAGCUUCUGCAAACUCUGUAGGGACCAGGUCUCCUCAAUUAGUUACUUCAUUCUCUGAAUCUGAAUUAAGUGUGAUUGUUGACUCUGCUCCUCUUUCAAUUACAAGAAAUUUUGAGGUCUGGGGCUUUAAUGCUGCAGCCACAACUGGUAUCUUGGUUCUUAGUAAAUGACCCAUCAAAAGUUGAACUGGGGAAUAGAUCAUUCCAGUGAUCGAAGUGUUGUGCAGCUCCACAAGCCAUAUUUGAGGAUCUUCCCUGUAAUUCUCAUGUUUGGAGCAUGAGUUUAACAAUGUUUACUGUUCUUUCUGCCAGUCCAUUGAUUGGGAGUAGCAAGUACUAGAAGGAGUAAACUAUAUACCCCAUUUUACAGCAACUGUCUUCACCUCAGUGUUGGCAAAGGAUACAUUGUCAAUGACUUCUGUUGGGAUGCCAUGUCUCCCAAAGGUUGCUUUCAGUUUGCCAUUCACUGUCAUUGCAGAUUUAUCGGAUAGGUUUAACCCCUUAAGGACCGAGGAUGGUUCAGGACCGUCAUCGGCAUUUUCCCAUUGAACCGUCCUGAACCGUCCUAACGGUCUGAGUUACUUACCUGAUCGCCGUUGUUCCCCCGGCGGCGAUCAGCAUUGCUCCCGGUGUGGGGAGACUGCCUGCAGCCCAGACAGUCUCCCCAUGGCGGAUGAGGACCCCUGGGGCCAUGUGAUCGCUUAACACAGCGAUCACAUGGUCACAAUAGGUGUCCAUGUGUCUGCCUGCAGGGGGACUGUCCGUGCUGAUAGGCAGUCUCCCUGCUAGUGUAAAAUCAAAAAAAUAAAUAAAGUUAGUGUUAAUAAAAAAAAUAAAAAAAAAUUAUAUAUGUGUAUAUAUAUAUAUAUGAUAUAUAGACAUAUAUUAUAUCGAUAUAAUAUAUGUCUAUAUAUCAUAUAUAAAGUGUCAUACUAAGUGUAUUUUUAUAUUAAUAUGUACAUAUAUUAAUAUAAAAAUACACUUAUAAUUAAAUUACACACGUGUAUAUAUAUAAUAUAUAUAAUAACUAUAUAUAUUGUGUAUAUAUAUUAUUAUAAAAUAUAAAUAAUAAGUAAUUUAAAUUAUUUUUUUUUAAAUAAUAAACAAAUUGAAAAAAAAUUAUAUAUCUAUAUGAAAUUUUAUUCUAACUGUAUUUUAAAAUUAAUAUAUAUGUAUUUAUAUCAAAAUACACUUAGAAUGAAUUUGUAUAUAUAUAUCUAUGUAUGUAUAAAUAAAUAAAAAUAAUACAAAAUAUACAUAUGUCCAUAUACAAAAUUAUAUAAAUAUACACGUAGACUUCAGAUAUAUAAAUAUGCAUAUAUAUUUAAAUUCUACGUGCGUAUUUAUGUAAUAUUUUUACAUAAUUAAGUAAUUUUAUUGAUUGCAAUUUGAGGGACCUGCCUGCCAACCCAGGCCGAAAGUCCAGAGAAUUUAAUUUGCUAGCACUGUAUUUUACCCUGUAACGUUCUACGACACCCUAAAACCUGUACAUGGGGGGUACUGUUUUACUCUGGAGACUUCGCUGAACACAAAUAUUAGUGAUUAAAAACAGUAAAACAUAUCACAGCGAUGAUAUUGUCAGUGAAAGGGACUUUUUUUGCAUUUUUCACAAACAAACAGCACUUUUACUGAUGAUAUAAUUGUUGUGAUACGUUUUCCAGUUUUUAAACACUAAUAUUUGUGUUCAGCGAUGUCUCCCGAGUAAAACAGUACCCCCAUGUACAGGUUUUAUAGUAUUUUUGAAAGUUACAGGGUCAAAUAUAUGGGUCAAAUAUUUUUACAUUGAAAAUGGCCAGGUUGGUUACGUUGCCUUUGAGAGCGUAUGGUAGCCCAGGAAUGAGAAUUACCCCCAUGAUGGCAUACCAUUUGCAAAAGAAGACAACCCAAGGUAUUGCAAAUGGGGUAUGUCCAGUCUUUUUUAGUAACCACUUAGUCACAAACACUGGCCAAAAUUAGUGUUCAAUUUAGUUUUUUUACUUUUUUCACACACAAACAAAUAUGAAUGCUUAUUUUGGCCAGUGUUUUUGACUGGCUACUAAAAAAGACUGGACAUACCCCAUAUUGAAUACCCAGGGUUGUCUAUGUUAAAAAAAUAUGUACAUGUGGGGUGUUAUUCAGAAAUUUAUGACAGAUAAUAGUGUUACAAUGUAACUAUUGAUAAAUUUAAAAAAUGUAUGUUUUGAAACCGCAAUAUUCUACUUGUGCCUACAGCCCUAUAACAUGCAAAAAAAAGCACGUAAACACUGGGUAUUUUUAAACUCAGAACAAAAUUUUGAAUCUAUUUAGCAGUUUUUUUCAUUCGCUUUUGUAGAUGAGUAAAAGAUUUCUUAAGUAAAAGUCAAAAAACAUGUAUUUUUUUUCAAUUUUUCAUCAUUUUUUUUAUUUUUUUUUCAAUUAAAAUACAAGAGAUUAUAUAAAUAAUGGUAUGUAAAGAAAGCCCCUUUUGUCCUGAAAAAAAAUGAUAUAUAAUUUGUAUGGGGACAGUAAAUGAGAGAGCGGAAAAUUACAGCCAAAGACAAACACCACAAAAGUGUAAAAAUAUGCGUGGUCGCAAAUGUACAACAUCAGUCCUUAAGGGGUUAAUACUUCAGGGUACUACUAAAAUUAGUUACCUAUUACAAGGCAUGAGCACCCUUUCCACUCAAAAAUGUCCAAUACCAGCUUUUGACAAGAAAAGUGAGGAAUUUUGUGUGAGCGUAACGGUUCCUUUUGAUUCACUGGUAUGUGACUAGCACAAAUCUUGUACAAAUCUGCAAUAUUUCACAGGCCCUAUGCUCAUGGGAUUGGGCCUUUGGUAGCAUCAUUAGUUUUAAAAGUUUAGUAGAUAUGCCAUCAGGCAGGUGGAGGCAUAUGAAAGUUUACAACAUCCAUUACAGUAAUAUAUCCAUUAUACCAACAUAGGAUUUUUAUGAACUUUUUUUCAUAUGGCCACAUAAUUAACUCUUGCGCUGGUGAGGAUUUUUAACUAUUUGCCCACUGGCUGUUAGCGCUACCAGUGGGCAAAUAGUUCUUCAAAUGAUCAAUUCACUUGCAAGUAGCAAGUGAAUUAUAAUUUCUGAAUAUGCAUUUUGCCGGAUGCAUUCAGUUUAUCUUCGUUUUCCAUGCAGUCGUUGAUAAAUCUCAGAUUGCAGAUCCAUCUUUAGUAACUUAUAAGGAAAAGGGACUAGCCCAUCGGUAAGAAACACUAUUCUCCAGAAAAGUGCCAGUGACUGGACGGAGAGAGAUAAAUCGGAGUAGAAGGUAAGCGUGUGUGAUUCAAAUUCACAGGUAAAGGAGCUUAGAACCAUCAUUUUGUCUAAAGAUGACACAAAUUGCACAAUGACAUCCCUUGUGCAUCCUGGCCUCGGGAUGCGGUAACAGCCAUCUAGGAUAAUAGUUACAUAGUUACAUAGCUGAAAAGAGACUUGCGUCCAUCAAGUUCAGCCUUCCUCAUAUUUGUUUUUUGCUUUUGAUCCAAAAGAAGGCAAAAAAACCCCAGUUUGAAGCACAAUCUUGCAACAAGCUAGGAAAAAAAUUCCUUGGAUCAAGCAGUUAUUACCCUAUAUUGAAAGAUUAUAUCCUUGAAUAUUCUGUUUUUGCAAGUAUGCACCUAGUAGCUGUUUGAACAUCUGUAUGGACUCUGAUAAAACCACUUCUUCAGGCUGAGAAUUCCACAUCCUGAUUGUUCUAACAGUAAAAAAAACCUUUCCUUUGCCUUAGACAAAAUCUUCUUUCUUCCAGUCUAAACGUAUGGCCUCGUGUCCUAUGUAAAGUCCGGUUUGUGAAUAGAUUUCCACACAAUGGUUUGUAUUGGCCCCCGAAUAUAUUUGUAUAAUGUUAUCAUAUCCCCUCUCAGACGACGUUUUUCUAAACUAAAUAGGUUUAAAUUUGCUAACCUUUCUUCAUAGCUGAUAUGUUCCAUUCCUUUUUAUUAAUUUUGUAGCCCGCCUCUGCACUUUUUCUAGUGCCAUAAAAUCCUUCUUUAGAACAGAUGCCCAAAAUUGCACAGCAUAUUCAAUAUGUGGUCUUACCAGGGAUUUAUAAAGAGGCAAAAUUAUAUUCUCGUCCCGAGAAUGAAUGCCCUUUUUCAUGCAUGAAAAUACCUUACUGGCCCUGGCCACUGCUGAUUGACAUUGCACAUUGUUGCAUAGUUUGUUGUCUAUAACAGUUCCCAAGUCCUUUUCGUGUGUUGUUAUCCCUAAUUCGCUUCCAUUAAGGGUAUACGUUGCUUGUGUAUUCUUUACGCCGAAGUGCAUAACUUUGCAUUUUUCAACAUUAAAUUUAAUCUGCCAUUUCAGUGCCCAGUGUCCCAGUCUAUCUAAAUCCAUCUGCAGCAAAGUAAUAUCUUUUAUUUUACAAAGUUUUGUGUCAUCUGCAAACACUGAAACAUGACUUUCAAUGCUGUCUUCAAGAUCAUUUAUAAACAUGUUAAAUAGAAGGGAUCCCAGAACAGACCCCUGAGGGACACCACUUGCCACCUCUGUCCAGCUUGAAAAUUUACCAUUAAUGACAACUCUUUGUACUCUGUUUUUAAGCCAAUGUUCUACCCAAGAACAAGCAUUUUCAUCUAGACCAAUUUCCUUGAGUUUGAACACUAAUCUAUUGUGUGGAACUGUAUCAUAUGCCUUGACAAAAUCCAAAUAGAUCACAUCCACUGCAACACCCUGAUCUAUACUUCUUUGUAGAACACAAUCAAGUUAGUUUGACAUGACCUGUGCUUCAUAAAACCGUGCUGACUUUUGCUGAUAACCAUGUUCUUCUCAAGGAAUUCUUGAAUAUUAUCCCUUAAUAACCUUUCAAAUAUUUUACCAGCCACAGAAGUUAAGCUCACAGGUCUAUAAUUUCCAGGCAAGGAUUUUGAACCCUUUUUGAAUAUAGGAACCACAUCUGCCUUCCUCCAAUCCUCCGGAACACUUCCUGAAAGAAAAGAAUCUUGAAAGAUUAAAAACAGAGGUUCACUUAUUUCUACUAUUUAAGUUCCUUAAGUAAACAUGGAUGGAUACCGUCAGGCCCUGGAGCUUUGUUUAUAUUAACUUUCUUUAGUUGCUGCAGUACCUUGUCUUGAGUUAACCAAUUACAAUUAUUCUGCAAGUUUAUAGUAGCAAUCAUUUGCACAUCUAUUGCCAUGGGUUCUUCCUUAAUAUAUACGGAGGAGAAUUAGUUUAUUUAAAAUUCCUGCCCUUUUCUGGUCUUCAUUAACUAACACCCCCGUUUCAGUUUUUAGUGUACCUACACUUUCAUUUUUGGGUUUUUUAGAAUUUAUGUACUUAAAAAAUGCUUUGGGGUUGGUUUUGCUCUCUUUAGCUAUCAUUUUUUCAUUUUGAAGUUUAGCAAGUAUAUUUGCCUUUUUGCAUGCAUUAUUUGCUUCCUUAUAUCUUUUAUAAGAUGCAUCUGAUUUGUCCGAUUUAAAUGCUUUAAAUGCCCUUUUCUUAUUUGUAAUCUCUUGUUUUACUUCUUUACUAGGCCACAUUGGUUUCAAUUUGUUUUUUUAUAUUUAUUUCCCAACAGUACGUACUGAGAAAUGUACCUUUCUAAUAUUUGUUGGAAGAUGAACCAUUUAUCCUCCGUGUUCUUUUCACUAAAGCGUUUAUGCCAGUCAAUAUAUUGUAAAGCUUCCCUUAACUUAUUGAAAUUGGCCUUUUUAAAAUUAUAUGUUUUAGUAUACCCCAUGUGCUUUUGUUUUUUUUUGAGUUUAUUUCAAAGAACACUAUAUUGUGAUCACUAUUUCCCAAGUGCUCACCUACUUGAAUGUUGGUCAAAAGAUCAACGUUGUUUGUUAAAACCAGGUCCAGACAAGUGUCCAUUCUAGUUGGUGCUUGUACAAGUUGUGACAUGAAGGUGUCAUUUAACAAGUUUAAAAACCUAAUUCCUUUUGCUGAGCUACUAGUCCCUCUGUCCCAAUUUAUGUCCGGGUAAUUAAAAUCUCCAAUAAUUAAAGUGUUACCCAGAUUUGCAGCUUUCUCAAUUUGCUCAAACAGCUGUUGUUCCUCGUCAAUAUUAACAUUAGGUGGUUUAUAACAUAUCCCAACCAAUAGUUGGUUUCCCUUCUUUUCCCCCAAGCAGAUAUUUACCCAUAAAGCUUCCACAUUAUCCUCCUCGCAUUCCAUUUGCUUAACAUUUGGCUUUAAAUCAUGGUUGACAUACAAACAUACCCCACCACCCUUCUUGUUUUUCCUAUCCUUCCUAAAUAACAUGUACCCAUUUAUGUUAACUGCCCAGUCAUGUGUCUCAUCCCACCAUGUUUCAGUUAUGCCUAUUAUAUCAUAUUGUUUAGCCUUGGCUCUAUUAGACGAUAGCAGGUUGAAAAACAGGUGGCAUAAGUAGUGAGGCAGUUCGGCUGCAACCAAUUGAACCCCAUAUUUUAACACUGUUGCAUCGGUUCCUGUUCUUCUGCUCUGCUAAUUUUACUGUCAUGCCUUCUUGGGCUCGUAAUACCGUAGUUUGGGAGUCAUGUAUUCUGGUCUGCUUGGUCUUAAGCUCUGUUGUGGUUAUUGUUCUUAUAGUGUUCCUUCAGUUCUGGAAGGUUCAUCCAUAUUGUGAAGUUUAUUAUGCCUUUGCUUGGUGGAUAUCACAGUAUUCACAUGCCACCUACUGAUGGAAGGAUCAAAUAGCAGUUUAGACCUGAAAUAUUAACAUGCAUUUAAUGUUUUGACCUUAUUAAUGUGCUAUAUUUUUUGCAUGCUCAAAUCGUUGUAAUUAUUGCAACAAGAAAAAAGGUUUGCAGAAUACUGCUUCAUAAACCUGCCUUCUCAUACAGGGAAGAGAAAAGGCAUAAAGAAUGUGGGUCCCCCUAGCAAAAGGAUUGAUCCACCAAUCAAAGGGAGCAGGUCAGUCCAUCAAUGGGCUGAGCUUGCCCCACCUAUCAAGGAUGGCCAUGCUGUCUGAUGCCUGUCCCCUCCAGAAGACCAUGCAUGCAGUGCUGCUGGAGAUCUUUGUGCAUGGUCCUACUGCCCAGUCCCAAUCGCAGAUUUUAAAAUGCGGUACCUAUAUAGGUGCCUGGGAUCCCUGGACAGGAUCCAAAAAUGUGUUACUGUCCCAGCAACUUUGGAAAUGUUUGCAUCUAUGAUUCUCAGCAGUGCCCUAUCGGUGUAUGUUCACUACUUAGCCACUGAGAGCACCGAGUUAGCAGAAUUGCUAUAAAACUAGCAGUCGACAUUAGCAGGAAAGCAUACACACAAACAGACAGCAGGUAUGUAAGUAUAGACAGGUGGGAAGGGCACCUUAACAGAAAGAGAGUGCAAGGAAGUGGAGAGAAAUGCUCAUUACAUCUGUCGCCAGCACACCGUGCUUGUGACAACUAAUGUAACUGAGCUGCGAAAGUCAUCUUUGGCCAGGGGUGCGAACCAUAUUGUCUAAAUUUUCAAAUGGACAUAGAGGACCACUUUAAUUUUAGGACUGUGGUGUGUGGCCACGUGCGGACUGUUAUGACAAAUUUUAUGUGACUCGCUAAUAAAAAUUUAUGCAAGUAAAAUGUAAUGUUGAACCAUAACAACGGAUUAUUAAACACUAUUUAUUGUUGUUUAAAGUCACAUUACUGCCCUUAUCCUCCCCUUGUAUUUCUACACUCUUGAUUUUUAUCACCUACAGCCUUCCCCAUUCCCUCCCAGGUUUCCAUUCCCUCUUUACUGUCUUCUCUCACCUGUCAAAUAUCCUAUUUUGGUUCACAUAUGCCAUUUGGAAGUGAGGUUGAGAAGUCUGACUACAUAAACUUAUGCUAUCACUGUUUGACUUGUGCACAGCGUUACAAUGCAUAUCCAUCUAUGUUUAGUUCUGUUUGGAUGUCUACUUUGUACUACGAAGUCUAUAUCUUCAACUGCCUUUGUGUCACUUACCUUGAGAUACCCGUAAUGUUUUUAUGUCUCAAUAAACAUUAAAUAUGUUACUUUUAUGUAUAAUUUUAUUGCUAUUGUUCUUUAUUGUUAUGCUCUACAUUGGUAUUAACCUAUUUUUUCAACAUUGUUGAAUAAAAAUAAUUGGAAAAGAAAAAGUAUGUUAACACAAUACUGUUUGUUAUUGUUGCUGUGGAGUCAUGCUAAACAUUUAGACACACCUACAAUAUGGCUUUUUUUUUUUUUUUUUAGAAAAGAGGGACAUGUUAAAAGGACAGAAGAACACAGGGAUUUGGGCCCAAAAUGAGUGCAACUAGCCCCUAGCACAAAGGUGAAUAUGUCAUGAUAUGCUUAGCGUUUGAAGCAGAAGUGGUCAUUGUGGUUGGAAUAACCCUUUAAUUGGAACCGAAUGCGUAUUUUCAUAUGCUGGGUAUCAAGUUUUACAUUAUGGUAGUACGACUUUAACAUAUAACCUUCACCUUCCCUGUUAUAAAAUAAAUUAAACUUUUAUAUUGUUUCAGAUUGUGUGUUCCUAUGUAAAGUUGUGUGUACAUUUUUAUAUCCCUAUUAGAUUGGCAAUCUUGCAUUUGAACAUCAAAGCUAAUGUAAAAUAUGAGGGAACAGAAAAUAAAAAGCAGAAUAUGAGAAUUCAUACUCUGGAGAUGAAGUUAUUGCUUGAAUGAUUUCCUCAUUUCUAGUGAGGUGAUGACAGGACAUAUAUCUAAAAAAUAUAUUUUUUUGUAUAGGUAAUAGUGGGAACUAACGAUUUCAAGCCCCCUUAUGGACAUAUUGAGAUGGCUGUCGAUGGGACGAAUGCCUCCUUUAGGCUGUUGCCUCUUGAUAUUGGUGAUGACUUGUGGGGGACUAUUGACAACAUGCAAACAAGUGGAACUACAUCUGGAUAGUAUUCAAGAUGUUUGGGAUGGUGAGUACAUCUUCUAUAUAAUACAUACCUAAUUACUCCCCGACAUCCAAAUACCAUAGUCUAAGAAUGUCAAACUCAAAGCUUAAGGCCAAAUAAACAAGGUUUAGGUUUAUGUGGGCCGCAAAAAAAAAAAAAAAAAGGGUUCACAAGCAAACAAUAUGUAAUCCUGGUACAUAUAUAUAUAAUUCACUCAAAAGCUUCACCUCAAGGUACUUACUAUCUCAGUAGUAAUGCCACUAUCUGGGGCGUCCAUUCCUCUCGUUCCCUUAGUCCCUCUGCAAACUGCAGUCUCAGCCAGGUAGGUAGCCACACUGUCCACUCUGCCUGCUCCCUAGUCCCUCUGUAAUCUCCAGGCACACUCCACUCUGCUCGCUUCUACCCCCUUCCAUCCAUUUUUCUGUUCCUCUCCAUGCAUCCAUGUCUCUGUUCCUCUCCCGUCCAUCCAUGUCUCUGUUCCCCUCCCGUCCAUCCAUGUCUCUGUUCCCCUCCCGUCCAUCCAUGUCUCUGUUCCCCUCCCGUCCAUCCAUGUUUCUGUUCCCCUCCCGUCCAUCCAUGUUUCUGUUCCCCUCCCAUCCAUCCAUGUUUCUGUUCCUCUCCCGUCCAUCCAUGUUUAUGUUCCCCUCCCUUCCAUCCAUGUUUAUGUUCCCCUCCCUUCCAUCCAUGUCUCUGUUCCCCUCCCUUUCAUCCAAUUCUCUAUUCCCCUCCAUGUCUCCCUCCUUUACAUCUCUCCCUCUCUUCCAUAUCUCUCCCCCACAUCUCUCCCUUCCAUAUCUCUCCCUCUCGUCCAUGUUCCCCUCCCAUAUCUCUCCCUGCCUUCCAUAUCUCUCCCUCACAUCUCUCCCUUCCAUAUCUCUCCCCCACAUCUCUCCCUCCCUUCCAUAUCUCUCCCCCACAUCUCUCCCUCCCUUCCAUAUCUCUCCCUCACUUCCAUAUCUCUCCCCCCACAUCUCUCCCUCGCUUCCAUAUCUCUCCCCCCAAAUCUCUCCCUCCCUUCCAUAUCUCUCCCCAACAUCUCCCCCUUCCUUCCAUAUCUCUCCCCACAUCUCUCGAUCUCUUCGAUACCUCUCCCACCACAUCUCUCCCUCCCUUCUAUACCUCUCCCCCAACAUCUCUCCCUCCCUUCCAUAUAUUCCCCCUACACCUCUCUCUCCCUUCCAUAUUCCUGCCCCAACAUUUCUCCCUCCCUUCCAUAUCUCCCCCACAUCUCUCCCUUCCAUAUAUCUCACCACAUCUUUCCCUUCCAUAAAUCUCACCCUCAAUUCCAUAUAAUUUAUUUUGUGUCUAAAUAUUUUAGCAAACAUUACAAUUUCCUUCGUCCUGUAUACUGCCAAUUAUAGCGUUAAUUUAGUAUUGUUGCAUAAGUUUUUCAAAUUAUUUAAUAUGUUUGGAUAAACUGCUACUCAUUGGAAAAAUGAAAAUAUUUUUCAUGAUAUUAAAUCCUUUUAAAAUUCUAUCAAAAAAUAUUAAAUGUGGCAUAACAUGUUAAAGGAUCACUAUAGGGUCAGGAACACAAACGUAUUCCUGACCCUAUAGUGUUAAAACCACCAUCUAGCCCCCUAGGCCCCUCAUGCCUCCAUAAUUAUAGCAAAAUCUUACUUGUAUUCAAGCCUGAAGCUGUAGAUAUGCAUGCUGUUUGCCUCAGAAAAACAAGCUGUCUGCUGACAUCAUCAGAAAUGGUGGCCUGAUCCAAUCACAAUGCUUCCCCAUAGGAUUGGCUGAGACUGACAAGGAGGCAGAUCAGGGGCAGAGAAUCUUUAUGAGGAAAGUUCAGUGCAUGCAGAGGGAGGAGAUACUGAAUGUUUGGAUGCAUUUUAGGCAGCCAUGACCCAGGAAGGAUCUCUAGCAGCCAUCUGAGGAGUGGCCAGUGAAGUUAUCACUAGGUUGUAAUGUAAACACUGCAUUUUCUCUGAAAAGACAGAGUUUACAGAAAAAAGCCUGAAGGGAAUGAGUCUACUCACCAGAACAAAUUAAUUAAGCUGUAGUUGUUCUGGUGACUAUAGUGGCCCUUUAAAACAUUAUAAGCAGCAUCAAAUCUAUAGAGAGUACUUACUCCUCUGGCAUACAAACAUAGGAUGGUCUGGCCCUUCUCAUGAAAAACGCAUAGUAAAAGGUGUAUACCCAGAACCUAGUUUUCACUUGAAUACAGUUAAAAAAUUAUUGCUUAUAAUAUACCACUUUGUUUAAAAACCCACCGGAUAAAGUCGUAUUGUAUUCUAAGACACAAGUUCACUUUGUGAUACUAUUCAUAUGGAUGUCAAGUUGUAUAAUGUAUGCCUAAAGGGGAUGUGUCUUUUGUACCUUUUUAAUAAAUUUUCUUGUAUUUGUGAACAUGUCAAGUCCAUAUCCAGAAACCAAAUCAAUAAAAAAAUUAUCAAAAAAAAAAUAAAAAAAAAAAUAUAUAUAUAUAUAUAUAUUGUAUAGACACUACAAUUAUAUACCAGGAGAAUCAGGUAUACAAUGUCAAUUAAAACCAGCAAAGCGAUUCAUAUUGCAAAGUUCUAAAAGUUAGUCCAUAGUUAACUUUUCUGUAAGUUGUCAUUUUGUGCAAAAAUCUGACAUCGGAACGUUCCGCAUUAUACAUGACAAAGUUAACAAAAAUUUAAUUUUUGUAGAAUCUAAUCAUUGCAGACAAGAGUUAAAACUGGUGGUAGUGACAUACAUAAGACAUCACUAUAUAAGCAUUAGGGAGUUUAUGUUAUUGAUUUACCUAAGUGAAUGUGUGACUGCAUGACCCUUAGGGCUUUAUGUAUCACAUUUUAAUAUGGUCCAGGUGUGCUGGAUGCUGGGAUGGCAGCUGGAAGAAAUUAGAGUAGUUGUAAAUAUACCAAUUUCUUUUUCUGUCAAACGUAUUAAGUUCUCAUAAGCAUUAAAUAGAAAUAUGUUUUCCCACAGCUGAACAAGCACCUGAGUGGGUGACACUCUUACACUUCUAUACCUUGUAUACCGUCUUUAAGCAGUGUAAUUUGGCUGGUGACACUGCACUCCCUUGUUUAAGAAUUUUCAAUAAAUGGAACUCUUUCCUAAUUGAUAUCAAAAGUGCUGUAUGGCACUGAAACUCUGAUCUGACUGAUGACUUACUUGAUGAUUUAUUUCCCAGCUAUUUAAAAGGCCAAAGACAGACAUUUUUUGUUGUGAUUUGCUUGGGUUAGCAGAGCUACUUGUACCAAUCCUGUUAUACCUUUCCCCAUCAUUUUCCAUAUUUAUUACUCAUGUUAUGACUAAUAAACAGAUUAUUUUGAAAUAUUACAAUACCCUAAUCUUAUGUUUGUUCAUUUUCCUAAACUCAGGUCAUCGGCUGCUUACACACAUUUUGUGUGCAUCCGACAUCAGUCUUUUCCUCGUCUCCCUGUUUAUUAUCCUCCUGCUGUGUUGGCAACUGGAGGAGAAACUGGGCACGCUGUGCUACCUGUAUGUGUCCUGCAUGUGUACUCUGUGCUGUGCCACGCUUUAUCUACUGAUGUCCUGGCUGCUAUCUUUGUCACCUGCACCCGCUUUGGGCUACCUUGGCACACAGUUGGCUCUGUUGAUGGUGCAACAUCCACGACUGCCAUGUCGCUUUGGCAGACAGAUGACAUUUUUUCUGCCUUGUGGUAUUCUGAUUGUUACCCAUAUUUUGAGCCCACAAUCUCCUCUACUUUUUCACACAGGCGGGGUAAUCAGUGGCCUAAUCUGUAUCCUUACACAUGAGGUGCCAUGACGACGGUCAUUGUUAUCCACAUCUCAAUAUGACCUGUGUCAUUAUUAAUUGCAGUCAGUACCAGAAAAGUUGUUUUAAAUAUCUGGAGUGUGCAUCCAUAUGAACGAUCUUAGUUGUUUGUUUAUUUUUACCUAGUAUUGCAUGUGUGGAUAAAAUGCAUUUUAAAAAGCCUAGAUAUUAUAGUCCUCUUUCUCAAACCAUUUUUCAAUAUUAUAAUCAUUUUAUCAAGUUUUAAAAGGAAAUAGGUUUUGUAAAUGAAAUGUAUGUAAAAAGAAGAUAAACAUUAAUCUACAUAUAUUAGAGGUAGGUAUGGGUUAUUAUCUUUUUUUUUUACAUGUUGUUAUUUGUUUAAAAAUGAUAUAUUUAAAGCACAUACUAGACUGGGGACCAACAGUGCAGCAUGAACUACACAAUGUUAAAUUAAGACAUAUUUUCAGAAAUAAGUUGUAAUUUUGUUGCUAUUACAUUUGCCUUUCUAAAUUCCGCUAGUACAUAAUGUGGUCUUAGUUUCUCAGUUGAUCUCAAUCUUCAGUUUGUGCUAUUGAUCAGUCUCUUACACUUUUCACAUAGUUUCUAUGGAGUACCACAGGGAAGUGAGAUGUUCCUUAUAUCUGGCAUAGAUGCUCUCCAGCUCAUCACUCCUGUAACUCAUUAGAUCAGAAUCCAGUUUCAUAUUCAGGAUUUUCCAGAGCUGUACAUCACCAGCAGAGCACAGCGUUUACCCGUGCAGUUGGCAAUUACAAUGUUAUCUCAAUGUUUGUUCAGUUUAUCCCUCUGCAUGCACUUAUCUUCAGUCUCUGUGUUGAUUUUAGGAAAGACAACUGGAAAAACCAAAGUGCCCUAGCAGCUCGCAGAUUCCAGUAUACUAGUACCUUCUAUGGAUCUGUAAACUUAGCCAAUAGUAGUGCAUCCAAAUACAUUCUACACUCUUAGUUGUGAAUCUGUGUGACUCUCCUUUCAAAACCAAUCAGCAAUACUUGUAGGUUUGUGUCUUAGUAAAACUAAAUUUGCAGUUAGUGUUCCUUUACCUACACUCUGUAGCCCGAUCAGUACUGCUCUCAAGUGUAGAGUGGUUAGAACCUUGGAGACGCACAUUGGAGAGAAGUCGUCUAUGUCGUACUCUUCAGUCUGUAGCUCUUGCAUCGUUCAUACCAUCGGGAAACAGACAAACCGUUCCACCAGGUACAGAUGAAAUAAAAAUAGUAGAAAGGUGAGUGAUAAAUGUUAUUAACCCCAUACCCCAAAUCAACUCUGUUAGUCACAAACAAUGCAAAUCAUGAGGACAGAUAUGAAUCAACUGGCUUAUCUCAUGUGCAAUUUAUUCUCCGAUCUAUUUUACUUUACUCAUGUGGUCUUGUGGAAAGCCUUAUAUAUAUCCCAAGCUAUUUAAAAUUUCUUUGCUAUUUUAGCAUGUGCUACCUCAAUUGAAAUGUUGCAGACAUCUAUGUAAGAAGUAGCAUUCCCCCACCAUUACUUUUAAACAUUGUCCCUUUUUUUCUAAAAAUUCGUGUAUGCACAAAUAAUUCCUUCCUCGACUGUAUCUCUUAUUGUACUUGGGUUUUUAAUUUUGUCCCUUCUCUACUUAUUGAACAUCCAUUUUAAAAAGAAAUAUGAAUGGUUUUCACAAUGCUCUUUACAAAGCUUGUCAAGUAGCCAUUGUUGUCUAAAGUUUUUCUCUAAUUUGAAACAUUUGUUUACAUUUAGUUUAGAUUACAACACAAUGUGGCACUAAAAUGGGAAAAAUACUUCUGCAAGCCACUGUGCAUUACAAAUCGCUGCAAAUGGGCAAGGCAAAUUUAUAAUAGUUUGUGCAUUGUAUUCCUUCUCAGGCUUCCAUUCUUCAGUAGGGAUGUGUCUGAGACAGUUGUCCAUACAGAUGUGCCAUUGGUGAACGUUUCUAUCCAUGCUCCACUCUUUGCUGAACAUAGAGAUAUUCCUUUAUCUGUUCUGUUAGAGGAUCCAGAACAACUGGAAAAUGAAAUGCUGAAAGCUGGGAUCCAGGCAUCUCUACAGGACUAUGAGCAGCAGAGGAUGAGUGAACCCACUCUGCACAAGUCCAGCGUUUCUACAUUCAGGUGCGCAAGUGGCUGCCAGUAAAUUAUUGGAAAUGUGCAAACCAAUAAUGACAAAAUCAAAACCUGCAUUAGUCUCUAACUUAAUUACUCCUCAAAACUAGAUAUUUUAAAAGUAGAACCAUUGGGAUUGUCAUAUUUAAGACAGUAUAGCAGGUAAAUAAAUUGCAGAUUAUGGUAUAUCGAUAUUGCUAUCUUUGUUAAUAUUUCCAUAACUUCUGACUAGUAGAAACUUCGGUUUGCUCAAAUACAAUCUUGUAUGACAGCAAUUUGUAAAAUGUUCUCUCCAUGAGUACCAAACACUGGAAAACUGCAUGAAGUUAGAAGAUUGAUGAAAAUAAUAAAUAAAAAAAUAUUGGUUGCCAUUAGCUAGUUCCCAGGAACAAUAUUGCUAAAACACUGACCUGCCCCUAAUAUCUGUUUGGCUAUGUUAUUUGUGACAUGUUAUACACUUAUAUUAUUUUGAGGUUUACCAUUAAUUGUAACCAGUUUAAACAUCUGUAUCUCUCUUUCACCAUCUUCAUGUGUCCUGUUUAGCUUUGACAUUAAAUUUUCUCAAUUCCAUUCUCCUUUUUUUCCCCCAGGCUUCAGCAAUUGGAGCGAAUGGGAUUCCCUACAGGACCUGCAGUAGUGGCGUUAGCAGCAACUGGCAAGGUGGACACAGCAGUGUCCCUGCUUGUAGAGGGGAGGGUCGGGGAAGACAUGAAGGUGACUAGUGAAAGGCAAGGUGACUUGUUGAAAAGAGAAACAACGGCCCUGAAACCAGAGUGAGCCAUUUACACAUCUUGCCUGUGUUGUAAAAUUAGGAUCUACUCGGCUAACAAGAGUUUAUCCAACCCAAGACAAAAGGGGUGAUUGGAUGGGACACUAAUUUUUAAUAGCUUGGUUAGAGUAAUGUUUAACUUUGGCCCAGAACAGAUCCAUUCAAAGACUCAAGUCUGAGGUGAGAUAUAGGUUUUUAGCUAAGCCUUGGUACCUUCUGUUACCUCAUUUUAAACGAAGCGUUGGCUUUUUCAUUCACACUAUUAUCCCAGCCUCAGACACGAACAUUAAGAAACAACAUAUUUAAUAAAAAUUAAUCUUGGGGGGAAAAAAAGAAAUAACAAGGAUUUCAAUUAAAAAAAAAAAACUUUUUAUUUAUACAAAGUGUUUUUGGUCCUCACACAGAGGAUUCAUAUAAUAAGACGUGUACAAACAAAUAAUACAGUUACAUAUCCUCUUAUGAUAAUGACCACACAAACCCAUCAGCUAUCAUCUUUUACUGGCGCUAAUGUGUUUUAAAUCCCAGUCCCAGAACUGAGAAGGGGUUAUAGCAGCAAUCUCCUUGUGCUGCCAUUUUAAGUGCUCACAACUGCCAGAAAUGAAUUGGGGGAUGCCCAUACUUUGCAGUGAUUAACAUUAAGUCUUACAUAUUACUCAGAUGGCAUUGGAAUGUCCACUAAUUAGGAAUGUGGCCAUACUGAGUCUAAGUUUACAGUGCAGCACCUGUACUACAAAUUACAUUUUCACUACCUUUUUUAUGAGAAAAACAUGAACACAAGGAGGGGGGGGGGGUAUCAAAUCCAUGUUAAAUAAGAUCAUAUCUCCAUAAUAAAACCAAUACUUUUAUAGAACAAACCGUCAUGUAAACAUUUCUUUUGCCAGUGGGAGGUUUCAAUUAAAGAGGUUACUGUGAAAAGAUUAAUCUAUUCCAACAACCCACUUGGCAAUCUUUGAUGCUUGGUAGUUAAGAGUAACAAGGCACAAAUAUGUAAAGACUGGGUACAGCCAAAUUUGUUUGGACAAUGGCUUUUUGCUGGGAAUCAUCAGAAGCGCUCAUCUUCCUCAUCCUCAUUGUGCUGUGAUUGUACAACUCUGUAAGGUGAAGGACCUUGGCGCCUUCCACGAUAGAAUCCAGUGGAACUUGUUGGGGAGGGUCCACUUCCUGAGCCAGAUUCCGCUUCUGAAAUUCAAAUAGUUGGAAAUAUGUUAGAUAUUUCACUCAAAUACUGUCAAUGAAGUACUAAGGAUGAACAUAGCCAUACACAUCAUUGGUCCCUUCAACCCAUCUACCCCCUGCCAACAAUUCUAAAUUAUUCAUAAUACCCAUUUACAUGAUAUUUACUAUAUUAAACCUGGUGAACUCUUGGAAACACCCUUCCUAUUAUAUCUAACCAUUCAUAUUAAGCAUGCCACACAAUCUGCAGACCAGGUGUCCAAAGUUAAAUUAACUAACUGGAAACAAUCAUUUGUAAGGUUUUGUUUUUUUACUAUGUUCUAAAUCUGUGUAUCUAAAAUUAUAUAAUCCAUUUUCUAUGUACCUCACCCAAAAAUGCUUUUCAGAUGGGAAAUAGUAACUAAACAAAAAAUAAGCAGAGAACAUUAUAUUAUCAGAACUAUGGAUAGGUCUUCCUUCUAUACACCACUAACCCAAUAUUUUUAAAUCGUCCCACUUCAAGAAUCAUUUUAUAGCACAGAUGUCUUCCUUGAGUUUCUAGUCUAAACAAGUAAAAAGGAAAAGUACUGAAUGUGCUGUAGCAACUUCAGCUGAAUGUCACAGAGUUUCCAAGGAAAUCCCUGAUCCAGAUGUGGUGUAAUGGAUUUAUGGAAUUUUAAAGACAGUGAGGCUGGAGGAUGGCAAUUUGAUUGUGGUUGUUUUAAAACUGCCAAUGGGUACGUAGUUAGGUAAGGGAAUAGAGGAGGAAGUUAGGGUUAGGUGUUCAGGGUAAGUAGUAAGGGUGAGAAAUGGAGUUCUAUAUUAAGGUUAGCAUGAGGUGUUAAAGUUAGGAAAAAGGUGAAUGGUUAAGGUCAGCAUAAGAAUUUAUGAUUAAGUGUUGAGAAUAUGGUGUGGGUUAAGGUUAGGAAUAGAGUAAAAGUUAGAGGGAAAGUCUAGACUGUGGUUACAUUUAGGGAUAGGGAAUAAAGUUAGGCAUUAAGGUCAGAGGUUAUGAUUAGGUAAUAGAGUAAAAUGGUACGGUUGGGGUAGUUUGCUUAAAGGGACUCUCCAGUGCCAGGAAAACAAUCCGUUUUCCUGGCACUGCAGGUCCCCUCUCCCUCCUACCUCCCAUCCCCGGUUGCUGAAGGGGUGAAAAAGCCUUCAGUCACUUACCAGAGGCAGUCCCUCGUCGCUGCUUCUUCCUCCGCCCACGCUCCUCCCCGUCACCAUGUCAGCCUGCGGGGGAGAACUAAUGCGCAUGCGCGGCAAUGCUGCGCACGCGCAUUAGACCUUUCCAUCGGAAAGCAUUGAAAAUGCGUUUCAAUGCUUUCCUAUGGGGAUUUUAGCGACGCUGGAGGUCCUCACACAGCGUGAGGACGUCCAGCGACGCUAUAGCACAGAAAACCUGUGCAAUGAAGCAGGAAGUGCCCUCUAGUGGCUGUCUAGUAGACAGCCACUAAAGGAGGAGUUAACCCUGCAGGGUAAUUAUUGCAGUUUAUGAAAACUGCAAUAAUUACAGUUGCAGGGUUAAGGGUAGUGGGAGUUGGCACCCAGACCACUCCAAUGGGUAGAAGUGGUCUGGGUGCCUGGAGUGUCCCUUUAAAAACCUUAUACUAUAGAAGAAUGAAAAAGAGCCAGCCCCCCAAAUAAAUCCUUUAGAGAAUGCUUAGAAAUGCAGCCUCCCAACCAGCAAAGUCACCAAUGCAUACAUGUGUCCUUUCAUCCAACUCAUUGAAAGAGAUCAAAUGAUCCAAAAACAGAAUCCAAGCAAAUCUGGUGCAGUCAGUUUGUAAUAUUUGUUUUUUAGAAGACUACCUAGUACUUACAUGUUUGUUAUAUUCAUAAUGUAUAGAAGAGAAAAUUCAACCAAUGAUUGCAGUUUUUUUAAAAAGCACAAUCAUAGACAAAGACAACGUGCAGUUCUCUCUACAAAUUCAUGCCUCGUGCACAUUUGCUGUUCAUGCACCACGAAUGCACAGGUAGCAUGCACACUUUUACAUCUAGCUUCUAGCUUGGAGAGGACUUUAUAAGGGCUAUAAAGGUAACAUGUUCUAGUCCUAUUGUUAUAGUGGGAUUCAAAGGCAUUAAACAAUGAAUGAAUGAUGAUAUGGAGCCUCAAAGAUGUCACAUUAUACAUAGCAUUCAUCCCAGUAAACCCUUUUUUUUCCAGAAUUUUUGUGAAGUAUGGAACAAUAUAAAGCGGUUCAACUUAAGAUUAAUGACUGAACCGAGCAGUGCUUAUAGUAAGCAGUCUAAUGUUCCCACAAUUCCUCUUUUUCCCCCAUAAAAUGGUGUCAGCAAGAUUGUAAGGUUGCCAGAGAUGAGGUGAGCAACAGACUUAAAAUUGUCAGAAAUUUAAAUUUUACUGGAUGUAGCCGAAUGUUCAUUUACCAAUAAUACAGUUUAACUGUGCAGGAAAUUUAAGGCGAUUUGCCUUAAACAACACUUCUGUCAUUUCAGAAAGAAG